AAUCUGUAUUCCGCUGUGCAGUUCUUUGUCGUCGACCUUAGACAGCUGAGGGAAGCUGAGUAGAAAGCGGCAGUCGCGAAAAUUAAGUGUGGUGGAACCAUGGCAGCCUCUUCACCAGUGGUAGUAAAGACAAAAAUUCGGCAAAAUGUGUUAGAGUGUCGUGUCUGUGAAGAUGUGUUUGCACUUCAGGGUGACAAAGUUCCAAGGUUGUUAUUGUGUGGACACACAGUUUGUCAUGACUGUCUGACACGCCUUCCUGUGCAAGGACGCCAACUUUACUGUCCAUUUGAUAGACAGUCUACAGAACUGGGUGACUCAGGAGUUUGGGGUCUUAAGAAAAACUUUGCAUUGUUGGAAUUACUUGAGAGACUUCAGGUAUUACCUGAACCAUUGACGAAAUGUGAGAAUGAGAGCAGGGAUGACACUGUACGAUGUGAUGAAAAUGAUGAACAUAUAGCCAAUAUCUAUUGUACUGUCUGUAACACUAACUUGUGUAGUGAUUGUGCAGAGAGCACGCAUUCAACCAAAACCCUUGAGAAACACAGAAGAAUUCCUGUUUCUGAGAGACCAAAGGAGAAACCCAAGUGCGCACAACAUUCAACACAUGUGAUAGAGUUUACAUGCUUAGAAGAAGAAUGUCAAGAUAAUUCAUUGAUGUGCUUUGUGUGUCGUGACUAUGGUAAACAUCAAGGACAUAAACAUACUCUGCUGGAAAAGGAGGCAGAGAACAUGCGUGAGUCAGUGACUAAUGUUAUACAACAUGUCCGGACUUUCACUGACGAAGUUGAUGGAUUAGCUGGGAGGCUGUCCUCUGUUAUUGAGGCAAUUGAAGGUGGUAUUGUAAUGCAAGAGGAAGGGCAGGGUGUUCUUACUGCUCACCACAUUUCUGGUUCUGCGGAAGAUGCUAGAAAUAAAGUGCGAGCAUAUUUUGAUGAUCUGCGAGAGACAGUCAACAGGCAAGAAGAGGCUGGACUUGCUGUUGUCAACAAUUAUGUGCGAGAGAAGUUACUGUCACUAAGACAACAACAGGAAGACAUGGCUGUGCUAAUGUCACAAGUGACAUCAGUGUGCUUGGAGUGUGAGAGGGCACUGAAGAGGAGUGAUGCUGAGGUGAUAGAAGCCAGAAACAGCAUCCACAGUCUCUUGGAAACAGUACAGGAGCAACAGGAACAGUUUACCAACAUUGCUAGCCUGUGUGAUACAGAUGCUGCUAUCCCUGUGGCCUUCACAAAAGACAACAGAGUACAUAUAGGGCCUAAAAUGGAGAUGAGAGUUGUUGCUUUGGGACUUGAUGGGGCUGGAAAGACUUCAAUUUUAUUUAAAAUGAAACAGGAUGAGUUUGUUUCACCUAUCACAACCAUUGGUUUUAAUGUGGAGACUGUUGAACAUCGCAGCCUUAAGUUUACUCUUUGGGAUGUUGGAGGCCUGCAGAAACUCCGUCCACUUUGGAGACAUUACUAUCUAAACACACAAGCUGUGAUCUUUGUGAUUGACAGCAACAAUAUUGAGCGCAUCACAGAGGCUCAUGAAGAGCUUGCAAAAUUAAUGGCAGAGAAAAGACUGAAAGAUGCUUUGUUGCUGAUAUAUGCCAACAAACAGGACUUGCCAAGUGCUCUUAGUGUUGAUGCCCUCACUGAACAGCUUGCCCUUCACAAGCUGUGCUUUGGUAGAAGCUGGAAUAUAUUUGCCUGUGAUGCACACUCUGGUAAAGGCUUACAUGAAGGUCUAGACUGGCUUGCAAGACAGCUCAUGUCUGAAUUUGCUCAGUGACUGGAAUCAUUGAACUUGUGAACUGGGUUCAAUUUAGCUUAGACAAUCAGAUCAGAACAGCUAAGGAUCAAGGUGUGAAUAAAGGUUAAUGAUGGUAGGUAGUCAUUUUUAGUAAAGCGUAAUGGACACCUAAACAGAGAUAGACAGUAUGAAAACUGUGUAGGGUAGUGAGUUUAGAAUAACUGAUGUAAGUAGUAAUAAUCCAUGUGCUCUUGUUGACAGUUACUUAUAUCAUAGAAAGUUCCCACAUGACUGAAUAUGUUUAUAUCCUGUGUAAAGCUGCCUGCGCUUCUCAAGAAAAAUCAGGGAGGGGCAUCUGUUUGUUUCUUUUGAUAAUUGCUUUCCAUACACAACUUAUCCAUGCAUAAAAACCAUCUCAAAUGACACGAGGAGAAAACAAAGGAAAUUGCUGUCUGCAAGUGAUCUUUGCGUGAGACAUCUUUGCUAUGUAAUCAGACUAAAAAAUGACCACUUGAAGAAUAAUUUGCUGGUUGUCUCUGUUAAUUGGGGGUGGGGUGUAAAGGAAAUAAGGACAUUUCAAAAACCGAGGCAGAUGGAUAAUGUGGGUUCUUUUCAAAAGGAACACCGUUAUCACAAAUAAAACUAAGCAGUGUUACUUUGCCAAUUUCAAUGUGAAAGAUUGCUUUACAACCCCAAAGAGUGUUUACAUAGGAGGUGGAUCUUUUUCAAAGGCAACCACCCUAUUUAAAGGUCAUACCGUUCACCACCUACACCAAGAAUAAGGCAACAAAAUCCUGCAUUCUAGAAAGUAAAACAUCAAAUUUUAAUGUCCUUUACGUAUGUGCAAGAACUACAAAAACAAGUGGAAGAAUCACAGACAUGUUAUAACUAUACAAACUUCACAGUUUCACUGCUUGUGAAUCGAACCUUAUUUUCAAAUAGAUUAAGUUCUAAAUAGUAGAUUAAAGUAUAAAACAUCUAUGUAUAUAAUUUGAACAGGUGCUACUUUAACAAACUUCAACUUUGUAAUCUGAAGAAUUGCUUUACUGCAAAACCAUUGUCUGUUUACAAAUCAUUGAAAACAUACUUCAUUUA